CCUUUCAGAGGUGAGGAUGUGCUGGUUUGUGUUUUUGUAUAACUCAAUAUGUAAAAUCACAUUAAUGAUCAACUAAAUGCUGUGAAAAUAGCAGCUAAUGUCUAUUGCAUAUAUAGAUAUUCAUAUGUGAAUGAGGUUAUGAAGGGAAUGAGGCAGUAGAGGGCGAUACUGAUUAUUCCUUAAAUAUCUGCCACACAUCUUCCUCUUGGAGCUCGUGGACAUGCUGGAAAUCACUAGAAUGAGAGUUGAGGUCUGGACUGUGUUCUGAUAGAGGACUGUGUGUGUUCAUCAAGUGGAAGUUGAUUUGAUUGUUUUGCUGCUUGAGGUUUCUGCAACUAUUUAUGAGUGUUUGAUGUUUUUAUACUUGUGAUUUAUGUCAGUGUGCAGGACUGUGUUGAUUUAGAUUUUGAUGGGACUUAUUUUAUGUAUAUCUACGCUCAGGACUUUAAUUUUGAAAAGAUGUCACAAUUAGCCUCUUAGUUCAGGAAGCAGGAAGUACUAGUUGUACUACAAAAGUUUAGAAAAAUUGUGGUAGCUGUGACAUCCCCAAACAUCAUCUUUCUUUGCAUCUGUUAAAUGCAAUGUCUUUUCACAGUUGAAUCAUAAACUUCAUAAACGACUUGAUGUCUCCAGCGAGGUUUUUUGAGUCACUGUUUAACUUACUGGAUAGUUAGAUGCUAGAGAAUUCUAACAAGGCCAGUACAGUGAAAAGACAUUAAUACAACAGACUGAGAAGGACGCUCAAGAAUUGUGUGGAAUCAAGAUUUAGACAUUCCAAAGACUCUGUCACAUCAAUCUAAUUUUUCUGCAUAUCAAGUCCUAUAUAAGCAUGGCAGAAGGUCAGACAGACUCAGCAGAUCUUAAAGGCACAGCCGAAGAGGUGCACUCUGUCAGCGUACAUUCCUCAAAAGCAUCCAGUCGUUCCUCAAGAGCAUCCAGUCGUCACUCAAGUGCCAGCAUAGCGGUCUUUAAAGCAAGAGCAAAAGCAGAAGCCGCGCAAGCCAGAGCAGCGUACGCUAAAAGAGAAAUAGAAUUGAAAGUUGAACAGGCACGUCUUCAAGCAACACAGGAGGCUUUGCAAGAGGAAAAAGAAAAAGAUGCUGCUUUAGCAGAAGCUCAUGUACUGGAGGAAGCAUUGUUAGAAACGGAGCGUAGCGCAGCCAGUAGAGUAUCAGUUCCUGUUCCCAUCGAGGACAGUCGAAGUCGAACAGCAGAUUAUGUGAAAACACAAUCUAAGGUCAGUAGUGGUACACUGCCAUCUAGUGGACGGAAAGAAAUGCAACCAGCAGUUCAAGCUUCUCACAUUGUAAGUCCAAUUAAAAGUGAAUCAGAUUUCAAGGACUUACCAAUUAGUUCACAAAUCAUGGAUUUUGGUGCAGACAUGUCUCAGAAUGUCACCAGAAUGCAGUCUCCUUAUCACUACCAAAUGCAGAGUAGACCUCCUGAUAAAGAAGAUUCCUUGUCCAUUACCUAUGACCUCGCAAAGUAUUUAGCUCGUACGCAGCUUGUGUCAGCAGGGCUUACUUACUUUGAUGACAAGCCCAUUAACUACUGGGCAUGGAAAUCAUCUUUCCAAGGUGCUAUUUCUGGUCUUGGUCUUUCUCCUGCAGAAGAGCUUGAUCUCUUAAUUAAAUACCUGGGUAGAGAAUCUUCUGAGCAUGCACGGAGACUGAAAGCUGUUCAUAUCAGAAAUCCAUCAGCUGCGCUAAUAAUGACAUGGCAGAGACUUGAGGAAAUAUACGGUUCUCCAGAAGCAAUUGAGCAUGCUCUUUUUGCUAAACUUGAAAACUUUCCCAGAGUGACAAACAAAGACCCACAAAAGCUUCGAGAUUUAGGAGACAUCCUCUCAGAACUAGAAGCUGCUAAGCUUGAAGGAUACUUACCAGGUCUGGCAUACUUGGACACUUCUAAGGGAGUGAAUCCUAUUGUGGAGAAACUUCCAUAUAACAUUCAAGAGAAGUGGAUGUCAUUUGGAUCCAAAUAUAAGCAAGAAUAUCAUGUUGCUUUUCCACCUUUCUCAGUGUUUGCAAAUUUUGUUCGUUCAGAAGCAAAAGCACGUACAGAUCCGAGUUUCAGUACAUUUCCUCACACGAAAUAUGAGAAAGGAGAAAGAUUUGAGAGACAAACACAAAUGCCAAUAUCUGUUCACAAGACUCAAGUUAAUCCUUCAACUAAAGUCAGAUCUGAACAGGGAAAGAGAUCAGUUAGCCCGAACAAAAGCUGCCCAAUACAUGGAAAACCUCAUCCAUUGAGAAGAUGCAGAGGGUUUAGAGAAAAGUCUCUACAAGAUAGAAUGCAAUUCUUGAAAGAGCAGUCUGUGUGUUACCGUUGCUGUUCUUCUACAGACCACUUUGCCAAAAACUGCACCGUAGAAGUUCAGUGCAAAGAGUGUGGUAGUGACCGUCACCCCUCGGCACUUCAUCCAGGUCCUGCACCCUGGAAAUCUCAGGCAUCUACCCCUUCCUCAGACUAUGGCGGGGAGAAUGACAAAUUAUCUAGUCAUGAGGUUACAUCUGAAUGCACAGAAGUCUGCGGAGAAGGUCUGAGUGCACGGUCUUGUUCAAAAAUUUGUCUCGUUUCUGUCUAUCCAGCCGGACAAAAAGAGAAAUCAAAGAGGAUGUAUGCUAUCCUGGAUGAGCAAAGCAAUCGCUCUUUGGUGAGAAAAGAUUUUUUUGACAUCUUCAACAUCAAAACAAGUCCAUUGCCCUACACACUGAAAACAUGUGCAGGCCUUUUAGAGACAGCAGGUAGAAGAAUUUCUGAUUUUGUUGUGGAGUCCAUUGAUGGAAAGAUAAGUCUACCUCUCCCUACUCUUCUAGAAUGUAAUCAGAUUCCAAACAAUCGUGCAGAGAUUCCAACUCCUGGUGUAGCAUUCCAUCACAGCCACCUGAGACAUAUUGCACAGGAAAUACCACCUCUCGACUGCGAUGCUGAGAUUCUUCUUUUACUGGGCAGAGACAUCCUGCAAGUACACAAAGUACGCAAACAAAUUAAUGGCCCAAAUAGCGCCCCCUUUGCUCAAAAACUGGAUUUGGGCUGGGUUGUCGUCGGGGAUGUGUGUCUCAAAGGAGCUCAUAGGCCCACUUCAGCUCAUACUUUCAAGACUUUCGUCUUAGAAAAUGGCCGUCACAGCUUUCUGAGUCCAUGCUACAGUCAAAUCAAGGUAAAAGAGAAGUUGGGUGUUAAUUCACAGCAGCAACAACCUCUAGAAUCCACAUCUGAGGAUUCCGUUCUGUUGGUGCCUGAUGGUGAAAGCAUUGGUCAUUCGGUUUUCUCUUACACUGCAAAUGAUCAUAAGAUGGCUCCAUCUGUGGAAGACACUAGGUUUCUCCAGAUUAUGGACAAAGAAUUUUUUCAGGACAGCGGCAACAGUUGGGUUGCUCCACUACCUUUUCGUGAGCCCAGACAAAGUCUACCCAACAACAAAGACUACGCGUUGAAACGUCUUCUUGUGCUGCGACACACUCUGAGCAAGCGACCGCAAAUGAAAGCACACUUCCUGGAUUUUAUGAAGAACUUGCUAAAAAAUGAACAUGCUGAGAUUGCACCGUCUCUUCAGCAAGGUCAAGAAGUGUGGUACCUGCCGCUGUUUGGGGUGUAUCAUCCUAAAAAACCUGACAAAAUUCGAGUUGUCUUCGAUUCAAGUGCACCAUAUGAGGGAGUUUCACUGAACAGUGUACUUCUCACAGGCCCUGAUUUGAAUAACAGCCUGAUAGGGGUCCUGAUGAGAUUCCGUAAAGGGUCUGUGGCUAUUACUGCUGACAUACAGCAUAUGUUCCAUUGUUUUCUGGUUAGGGAGGACCAUAGGAAUUAUCUUAGGUUCCUGUGGUACAGAAACAAUGACCUUGACAGUGAAAUCGUGGACCACAGAAUGCGUGUGCAUGUUUUCGGGAAUAGCCCAUCACCAGCUGUGGCUAUUUAUGGUCUAAGGAGAGCGGCUAAAGAACAUGAAGAGAGUUUCGGCAGUGACACCAGAAAGUUGGUGGAAAAGGAGUUCUAUGUUGAUGACAUGCUGAAAUCAUGUGCUACACAGGCAGAGGCGAUCGACCUUCUCAAGCGUACACAAGAGAUGCUUGCAGUGUCUAACCUUAGACUGCACAAGAUUAUCUCUAACUGUCCAAACGUGAUUGAAGCCUUUCCUUUAGAAGAUCGUGCCGAGGGCAUUAAAGAUCUACAACUUUUCUCUAAUGGCCUUCCCAUCCUACGUAGCCUUGGUGUGUCCUGGAAUGUUGCAACAGACUCUUUCAUGUUUCAUGUUUCGGAUGAUGACAAGCCUUUCACUCGGAGAGGGGUCCUAUCUACUGUAAAUGGCUUGUAUGACCCUCUUGGAUUCCUUGCGCCUGUUACCAUACAAGGGAGAUUACUGUUGAGGGAACUUACCAAACAAGGUGAGGGCUGGGAUUCCCCUUUGCCAGAGGACAUGGAGGCUGAAUGGAGAAAAUGGAAAAAUUCUCUUCAAGAUUUGAAAAAGCUUCAAAUACCACGUGUUUGCACAUCCAUUCCUCUGACUGAUGUCCAAAGUAAAGAACUUUGUGUUUUUGCGGACGCAUCAGUUAAAGCCAUUGCUGCUGUAGGAUACCUGAAGGUAACAGAUCAACAAGGUCACACGGAUGUUAACUUCUUAUUUGGAAAAUCCAAAUUGGCACCACAGCCAGACAUUACUGUCCCAAGACUGGAGUUGUGUGCUGCUGUAUUAGCAGUGGAGAUUGCAGAGAUGAUUGUAGAAGAGAUGGACAUGACCUUUGAUCACAUCUGGUAUUAUACUGACAGUAAAGUAGUACUAGGCUACAUCCAUAAUCAAACACGGAGGUUCUAUGUCUAUGUGAACAACAGAAUUCAACGAAUCCAUAAAUCCAGUUCACCUGCACAAUGGCGAUAUGUUCCCACAGGACUUAACCCAGCAGACCAUGGAUCCAGAUCUGUGCCUGCAGCACUCUUGGGUACCAGUUCAUGGCUCACGGGCCCACACUUCUUGCAUAAUUCUCAGCUUCGACCUGAAUCACAAGAAUCAUUUGAGCUUGUGGAUCCUACCUCAGAUUCUGAAAUACGCCCACAAGUGUGUUCGAACCUUACUGAAGUUCCAAAGUUUACAUGGAACUCCGUGAGAUUCAGUAGAUUCUCUAACUUUAACACUCUCAUAAGAGCAAUAGCACGUCUGAUUCACAUUGCCAAUUCUUUCUCCAAACGUUCACAAGAUGAUAGUUGCAGAGGAUGGCAUAUCUGCAGCAAAGGUCCAUCUAAAGAAGAGCUGGAGAAAGCAAAAAUUCUUGUUUUGAAGGGUGCGCAAUACGAGAGUUAUCCAACGGAGAUUAAGAGCAUCACUGCAACUCACAACCUUCCUCGUAAGAGUGUGUUGAGGAAACUAUCUCCUGUACUUGACAGCAACGGCUUACUUCGAGUAGGGGGUCGUAUUAAAAGGUCUGAUCUGGAAACUUGUGAAGUUAACCCUAUCAUUAUCCCGGGUACACAUCAUGUGGCAACAAUGAUUGUGCGACAUUAUCAUGAGGCUGUGAAGCAUCAAGGCAGACACUUUACAGAAGGUGCUGUCAGAGCUGCUGGAUUUUGGCUAGUAGGAGGUAAGAAGUGCAUACGUGGUCUGCUUUUUAAGUGUGUAACAUGCAAGAAGCUGCGAGGGAAGACUGAACAUCAGCAGAUGUCAGAUUUGCCAGUGGAACGGUUGACAGUAGCUCCACCCUUCACCUAUGUGGGUGUUGAUGUCUUCGGGCCAUGGGAAGUGACGGCCCGUAAGACCAGAGGAGGUCAAGCUAAUUCCAAGAGGUGGGGAGUUAUGUUUGCAUGUAUGUGCACGAGAGCCAUCCACAUUGAAGUAAUCGAAGCAAUGAGCUCUAAUUGUUUCAUCAAUGCCUUAAGGAGAUUUUUCGCGAUCAGAGGGCCAGUUAAACAACUACACUCGGAUCGUGGCACAAAUUUCGUUGGAGCUUCUCGAGAACUCAAAAUGGAUGAAACUUGUGUCAGUUCGGAGGAUGUGCAGAAAUAUCUGAAAGAACAGCAUUGCACCUGGAUAUUCAAUCCACCUCACGCCUCUCAUAUGGGUGGUCACUGGGAGCGAAUGAUCGGGAUUGCUCGUCGCAUUCUUGAUUGCAUGUUACUUAAUGAGAAAUCUUCCCGUCUCACACAUGAGGUCUUGACCACGUUCAUGGCGCAAGUUACUGCAGUGAUGAAUUCACGACCUUUAAUCCCAGUGUCCUCCGACCCAGAAUUUCCCUUUAUUCUCACCCCUGCUACUCUUUUGACACAAAAGACAGGUGCAACACCUCCCCCACCUGGAAACUUUGAGAAUAAUGAGUUGCUUAAAGAACAAUGGAAACAAGUACAAAGAUUAGCUGACAUCUUCUGGACAAGAUGGAAAAAGGAAUACCUCAGUACUUUGCAAUCCCGACGAAAGUGGCAAGACAGAAAAACUAAUUUGAAAGAAGGGGAUAUUGUCUUGGUAAAGAACAUUCAAGUUAACAGAAAUGAGUGGCCAAUGGCAAUCGUUGUGAAAACGUCACCAAGCAAAGAUGGAUUGGUAAGGAAAGUGGAUGUUAAAGUGACUAAGGAUGGCAUUCAAAAAAUCCUGUCACGUCCUAUCUCCGAACUUAUCCUCCUACUGUCGCCUGAUAAGUUAUAAAUCGAUUUGGGAUUCUUAAAAUCCCAGAAGGGGAGUGUGCACGACUGUGUUGAUUUAGAUUUUGAUGGGACUUAUUUUAUGUAUAUCUACUCUCAGGACUUUAAUUUUGAAAAGAUGUCACAAUUAGCCUCUUAGUUCAGGAAGCAGGAAGUACUAGUUGUACUACAAAAGUUUAGAAAAAUUGUGGUAGCUGUGACAUCCCCAAACAUCAUCUUUCUUUGCAUCUGUUAAAUGCAAUGUCUGUAAGUACACAGUGUUCAUUUCUUGUGUGAUAUGUU